AUUGUGUUUUUGGAACAAACUGAUCAGCAAGAGCAACUGGCUAAGAAGUGGGGGUUCAAAACAUCUGACAUAAGAGAACUGAGUAACCAUGAAUUCUUCAUGCCAGGAAUGGUUGAUACACACAUUCAUGCUCCUCAGUAUUUGUUUACUGGUACAAGAGUAGAUCUACCUCUUUUGCAGUGGUUGACUACCUAUACAUUCCCAACAGAGGCCAAAUACAAAGACAGUGAUUUUGCAGAAGAAGUGUACACCAGAGUUGUUAGACGAACCCUGAAGAAUGGCACCACUACAGCUUGCUACUUUGCAACAAUUUACACAGAUACUUCUCUUCUUCUUGCUGAAAUUACAGAUAAAUUUGGUCAACGAGCAUUUGUUGGAAAAGUCUGUAUGGACAUGAAUGACAGCGUGCCACAAUACAAAGAGAGUACUGCUGACUCUGUCCAAGAGACAGAAAGGUCCCACCUGGCUCAGAUUCCUUUGUCCCAUCUUAAACAUGACAUUCGCACAGGCAUUGACUGGAUUGGCCCUGGCCAGAGAGGAAGGUGGUCCGACCUGGCCAGAGACCAGUCUGACUGGUUUCGGAGCCUGGGAGGCUUCUUGCAGCUUCUUACAGGG